CGGGGCUGAGAACCUGUGUGGUUUUGUAGUACUGUAAUAAUUUUCGCAUCAUAUCAGUAAAAGUAAAUAGGUAGGUACCUAAGGUUCAGUAGGUAUCGCAAGGAUCUCACAAUAAAAGAGAAUGGUCUGAAGCGUAUUCUUAAGGUUAACGAAGUCCUAACGAAAAUUACAGCGGCAGCAAAAUUACAGACGAAGAUGUAAUAACAUGAAAGGGUAGAUACAGGGGGGUACGGAGUGGGGUGGCUGGUGCCCUUCGCGCAUGCUCCAUUCAGUCGGCGACCCGGUGCGACCCUCGUCAACUUCAGUCCACACCUGAGGAGCUCAAGGCGAUCCCUCGUGCUUCUUCACUACAAACGAAUUUAGGACUAUAAAAUCCUACUCUAUUCAAAAAAAUGAUGAAGCCGAAAUUAACGAGCCACCUUAAUCUCUCCGAAAGACUAUUAAAACAUCAAACAUUGUGACGCACAACCACCGCAUAAGUUUCGAAUUACUUUAUUUCUAAAAUAUUUAACAUUUUUAACUAGUUUAUCGAUUGCUUUUGAAGUCGCAAUUAAUGACUAAUUGUAAUUAAAUCUCUAGCUAUUACACAUUUUAUAGUUAUUUUUCUAUAAGGGAUGGAAAUUCGACUGUUUAAAGUUAAGAAAGGAUUGUUUUCAACAAGUGUUAAGGAAUUUAUAUAAAAAUAUAGAGCCAAGCUUAUUGUUAACUAUGGUUAAAUUUGCGUUUGGUUAGGUGCUACAAAAAUGUUCUUUUAUACGAAGAUUAAUUAAUGAAACUUGAUAACUCAAAAAGAUAAAGAGAAAUAAUAAUGGAACCAUUUUCUGAUGAUUUGCUAUGGCUUGUGGUAAGCGGGUUUGUGGUGGCGUUCGUCUUGGCUUUCGGCAUUGGUGCGAACGAUGUGGCCAACUCAUUUGGCACCAGCGUUGGGUCCAAGGUACUCACGCUCACGCAGGCCUGCAUACUGGCAACUAUCUUCGAGAUAGCCGGCGCUGUGCUUAUAGGGUAUAAGGUAUCGGACACAAUGCGGAAAGGCAUUCUGGACGUGUCUUUAUAUGCUGACGGGGGCGAGAAGUUGUUGGCUGCGGGAUGCCUCUCGGCCCUGAUAUCGGGCGCCAUCUGGCUGAUCGUGGCCACGGCGCUGCGCCUUCCAGUCUCAGGAACACACUCCAUGGUUGGAGCGACUGUGGGAUUCACCCUCACAGCCAAAGGUCCAAUCGGCGUGAGGUGGUCGACUCUCGGAGCUAUUGUGUUGUCGUGGUUCAUAUCGCCGGCCCUGAGUGGGACAGCAUCAGCUCUCCUGUACUGGUUUGUGCGCCGGUUCAUCUUGAGAUCGCCACAGCCCGUCAAAGCAGGCCUUACGGCGUUGCCAUUCUUCUAUGGCGCUACCGUAGCUGUGAAUGUGCUCAGCGUGGUACACGAUGGACCCAAGUUGUUGGCGAUGGACAACAUCCCGCUGUGGCUGGCUCUGGUGUGCUCCAUGGCAUUCGGUGCGCUGGUGGCCGUGUGCGUGCGCGUAUUUCUAGUGCCCUACUACCAACGACGCCUCGUCGCACCUCCUGUCAAUUUCUCGCUUGGGUUAUCGAACGAAACGACUCCAGCGAACACUCCAACCCACUCUAAUAAAAGUAGCGUACCACAACGUCCAACGUCCCUUCUUUCCGAAGAUGGCAAAGUACUCGAGGCCAUCGCGGAAUGUGCCGAGAUGGUCACCCUGAGCGACGCCGACAGGACCUCGGUCGGGGUGAUGAAUGCCCGGAACCGAGCACUGCUCGCGACCAUGGAUGACUGCAGUAUAUUAUCCAGAAGUCUUAGCCCGCCAAAUAAGUCCCGAUUACAACUCAUAGAUGCAGAUCCCCAGAUAAACACAUUGAAAUACAUAGAUGAGACUUUGAGUUGUUGUAAAAGUUUGGACUCUGCGCAAAUGGCCGGUAUGGGAGAGAGUUACGACUCCAGGAACGGUUUCUUGGGUGACUCGUGCGACACGAUAGCACGAGGGGAGUUUGACAGACUGGCGGCUGCCAGAGCCACACACUGCGUGGACUUUGAUACCCCACCACCCAGACUUGAUAAGGGCCCAGAUGGUGGCAGUGCGUGGAGCAUAGAACGUUGCGGAGCGACAGAGGUUGCUAUCUCCCGUGCGGCCGGCAUCACGCCCAACUCCAGCGCAGCGCCGCUGCUGCGCGCCGUGUCGCCGCCCCCCGCGCCCGCGCCCGCUCCCCCGCCUGACGCCCUGCGCCUGUUCUCCUUCCUGCAAGUCCUCACCGCCACGUUUGGUGCGUUCGCGCAUGGUGGCAAUGACGUUAGUAACGCAAUCGGUCCUCUGGUGGCCCUCUGGCUGUUAUACUCCGAGGGAGGGGCACACUCCCGCGCAGAGACUCCUCUAGCCAUCCUGAUAUUCGGAGGAGUGGGUAUAGCGCUCGGGUUGUGGUUGUGGGGCCGCCGCGUCAUCCGCACCGUCGGGGAAGAUCUCACCAGCAUCACACCAGACACGGGCUUCACUAUCGAGCUGGGCGCUGCGCUGACCGUCCUCGUGGCCAGCAAGGCGGGUUUGCCAGUGUCCACUACUCACUGCAAGGUGGGGUCUGUCGUCUGUAUCGGCUACUUUUCUGCCAAGCCUGUCGACUGGAGCUUGUUCCGGAACAUAAUAUUCGCGUGGGUGGUGACUGUUCCUGCCGUGGCGGCGAUCGCAGCUCUCGCCAUGUUGGCACUCGAAGCGUUCGUUGUAUAGAUUAUUGUUUUACUUACGCAAUGCCGCGUAAUGUGUAGACAUUGACGAACUCACAAAUGUCUAGUUUUGCUCCUAAAUGUAUCUAAGUAUUGUGCUGAGAUAAACUUAUUAAUAAAAUGUAAUAAGUUUGUUGCCACGUUAUGACCAUGUCCAUAUAACUUCUUCUAAAGUAAUUAGUUUUAAAAAUAGGGUUUAUUUUUUGGAGCGAGAGAAUUUCAUUAUUCGUUACAGACAUAUUACUUUAUAAUCAAUACUUGAAUAAUUACAUUCAUUUUAUGAUCAUACUCGUGCUAUAUGUAUUUCUAGUUAUUUUUAGGACUGAACGUGGCUCAAAACGUGGCAUAGAAACGAACUAAGGAAAAACCAUGGAAAACGCAAAUAAAGCCAGUUUCUGAAUUUAUAAUAAUACUAAAUAAGUCCAAGUGUUGUCUAACAUAGUUCACAAGUAGGUAAUAUUGAUUUUCCUUGUUGUUCUCUAAGCUCACUACAGCGUCAUAGUUGUUAGACUAUACUGUUAGAACUAAGACUUCUUGGAUGUAUAACUCUGCACAUUUUCCAAUGCAAUUUCUAUUUCCGACGUAGGUAGGUACGCACGUGUACUUACUAGAUGACUGUGAUUCAAAAUCUUAUUAAAGUAAUAUUCUAAAACAUAAGUAUAAAAACUAUAGAUGGCGAUACUUAGGUACAUGAUUUCAUGUUAAAAUGAAUGGAUACGAAUCUAGAUGUUGUUGCAAAUUGUUAACAGUUAAAGUUAAGCUUACAAGUUGAAGGAAUUGUUUUAUAAAUUCCAUCGCAAGCUAAACUUGUGAGGAUUGUAUCUAUGUACGUAGAUCAUUUUCGUGAAGGCAUUCUUCCAAUGUGUCUUUGUGGAUUGAAUUAUUGUGUUACAAGAAGGCCAAAUUAGUUGCCAGUAU